AUGUUCGUACCCUCCAUGCCCUCGAUCGCCGACGAUUUCGGCGCCCCCUAUCCGACGGUGCAACUCGGACUGUCGCUCUACCUGAUCUUCAUGGCGCUGCUGCAACUCGUCGCCGGCCCGGUUUCCGACCGGAUCGGCCGGCGCCCCGUCCUGAUCGCCGGCAUGACGGUCUUCAUCAUCGGCUCGGUCGUUUGCAUGCUGGCGCCCAAUGUCGAGGUCUUCCUGUUCGGCCGCGUCGUCCAGACGGCCAGCGCCGUCGGGCUGGUGCUUUCAAGGACCAUCAUCCGCGACAUCUAUCCGCGCGAGAAAUCGGCGUCGAUGAUCGGCUAUGUCGUCAUGGGAAUGGCGGUGGCCCCGAUGAUCGCGCCCGCCAUCGGCGGCCUUGCCGACGAAAUGGCCGGCUGGCGCGCCGCAUUCGUGCUGCUGACCCUGUUCGGCGCGGUCGCGCUUGCCGCAACCGUGAUCUUCCUGCCGGAGACGAACACAAGCGAGGGGCAAACCGCCCGCACGCAGAUCGCCACAUGGGGCGUGUUGGCCCGCAUGCCCGCUUUCUGGCUCUAUGCGAUGACCCCGACACUCGCAUCGAUGGUCUUUUUCGGUUUUCUGGGGGGCGGGCCGGCGGUUUCCGAUGCGUUUCUGGGCCAGACACCGUUCGAGUACGGGCUGUGGUUCUCGCUGUGCGCGCUUGGCUAUCUGAUCGGCAACUUCCUGUCGGGACGAUUUUCGCAGCUGCGCGGCAUCGAGGCGAUGAUCCGCGACGGCUCCUUCGUCACGCUGGGCAGCACGCUGACGCUGCUGGUCCUGUUCGCCCUGGGCCUGGACCACCCCGCGGCGCUGUUCAUCCCGAUCGCCUUGACCGGCAUCGGCAACGGGCUUGUGCUGCCGAACGCCACCGCCGCGGUCAUCAGCCUCAAACCGGAAGCCUCGGGCGCCGCAUCGGGCCUUCAGGGUGCCCUGCAGAUCGGCUGCGGAGCGAUCGCAUCGAUCAUCGGCGCCUACGCCGCGCGCGGCGGGGAGUCGCCCGUCGGGCUUGCCGUGGCGCUCACCGCGAUGGCACUGGUCGCCCUCGCGGUCGCCCUGAUCGCGAUCCGUUCGCCCAGCGACGCCGAUUCCAACGCCGCUCCAACGCCGGAAGCCGCAUAUCUGGUCGCGCCCGACCCCGAUGCCGACGGCCUGUCGGCGGAGGUCUCGGGUCAUGACCAGGACGGCAACCCGAUGACGACGCGGGUCGUCACCGAGCGCCCGCUGACGCUCUAUCUGAACCGGCAGGAAAUCGUCACCAUGAUGACGAUCGGUGAUCAUCCCGACCUCCUCGCGGUGGGCUAUCUGAUCAACCAGAACAUGCUGCGGCCCGACGACGAGAUCACCGCGAUCGACCAUGACGACGAUCUGGACGUGGUGGUCGUGCGCACGGCCCGCGCGACCGACUAUGAGUCGGUGCUGCAAAAGAAGGUGCGCACGUCCGGUUGCGCCCAGGGAACCGUGUUCGGCGACGUGAUGGAAGGGUUCGACGCAACGGCCCUGCCCGCCGGCGCCGUCCUGCGCACAUCGUGGCUGCACGGAUUGACGAAAACCAUCAACACCACGCCCAGCCUCUAUCUCGCGGCAGGGGCGAUCCAUGGAUGCGUGCUGUGCGAACGCGACCGGCCGCUGGUCUACAUGGAGGAUGUCGGCCGCCACAAUGCCGUCGACAAGAUCGCCGGCUGGAUGCGGCUCAACGGCGUGGCUGGCGCCGACAAGAUUUUCUACACGACCGGCCGGCUGACCUCGGAAAUGGUGAUCAAGACCGUCAUGAUGGGUAUUCCGGUCCUGGUAUCGCGGUCGGGUUUCACUGCUUGGGGCGUCGAACUGGCGCGGCAGGCCGGCCUCACCCUGAUCGGCCGCGCCCGCGGCAAGCGCUUCACGGUUCUUUCCGGCCAUGAACGGAUUGUCCGCGACAUGGACUGGUCGAAGGUGGCCGACGAGACGCCCGACAUGCGGCGCAAGGGCGCGGGCGAUUCAAGCCGCAUGGGCGGCACCGACAAGGCGCUGAUCGCGCUCGCCGGCAAGCUCCUGAUCGCCCAUGUCGCCGAACGCCUUGCGCCCCAGGUCGGCGCCAUGGCGGUCAACGCCAAUGGCGAUGCCGCGCGUUUCGACAGGCUGGGCCUGCCGGUCUUUGCCGACACGAUCGGCGGCCAUGCCGGCCCGCUCGCCGGCGUGCUCGCAGCCAUGCGCUUUGCCAGCGAUCGCGGUGCGGCAUUCACCCAUGUCGCCACGGCGGCGACCGACACGCCAUUCUUUCCAACCGAUCUGGUGACGCGUCUGGCGGCCGCCGCGACAACGCCCGACACGAUCGCAAUGGCGGCUUCCGACGGCAAUCGCCAUCCGGUAUUCGCGCUCUGGCCGACCGGCUUGGCCGGCGAUCUCGAGCGCUGGCUGGCCGGGACGGACACGUUCAAGGUGAUGGCGUGGGCAAAGCGUCACCGGUUCGCGCCGGUCGAAUUCGGGCCUGGGGCCCAUGGCACAAGCGGCGCUUGUGUGAUGGCUGACAGUCCGCCCCGCUUCGGUAUUGUCGGCUGGAAGAAUUCCGGCAAGACGACCAUGACCGCCAACCUGACACGCGAACUGAUCGAUCGUGGUCACCGGGUCGCGACCGUCAAGCGCGCGCACGGCGCCUUCGACAUCGACCGGCCCGGCACCGACAGCCACACCCAUCGCCAGGCCGGGGCGCAAGAGGUGGCGAUCGUGUCAUCCGCCCGCUGGGCGCUGAUACACGAGAACAGGCCGGACGAGGCCGAAGUGCCGCUCGACGAUAUCAUCGCACGGCUUUCGCCCUGCGACAUCGUUCUGGUCGAAGGCUUCAAGGGCGCGCCUCACCCCAAGAUCGAGCUGCGCGCGAACCAUGACAAAGCGCGCCCUGCCCUCGCCGACGCCGAUCCGGCGGUCGUCGCGGUCGCCUGCGACGACGCGCCGGGCGAUGUGGCGCCGGACGGAAAGCCGGUCUUCCGGCGCGACCAGACCGAAGCGAUCGCGACACUGGUCGAGCAGGUCUGCGGCCGGCAGACACUGAUCGACGACUGUUUCGUCAAUGACGGCCAGCGCAUGCGUCAUGACGAUGUGCUCUCCUUGCUGGCCAACCGCCUCGAACCGGUGACCGGCACGACGACGGUAUCGGUGGUCGGCGCGCAGGGCCGUAUCGUGGCCGUGCCGGUCACCGCACCGGGUCCGGUGCCGCGCAGCGACAAUGCCGCAGUCGAUGGUUACGCGUUCGCUCACGCCGCCUAUCUGAAAGGCCCGGACCGCCUGCCGGUUGCCGGACGGAUUGCCGCCGGCGCGACCGCGACCGGACCGGUGCCGCCGGGCCGUUGCGUGCGCAUCUUCACCGGCGCGCCGAUGCCAGCCGGCACCGACACCGUGGCGAUGCAGGAGGACUGCACCGUUCUUCAAGACGGUGCGAUCGCGGUGCCCGCUGGCCUGAAGGCCGGCGCGAACCGGCGCCGGGCAGGCGAGGACUUCAUGCCGGGCGAUCCCGUCGUCCGCGACGGCCAGACGCUGCGCCCGCAGGACCUGGCAGCGCUGGCCGCGACGGGGCACGGGACGGUCUCGGUUCGCAAAAGGUUGCGCAUUGCCAUCCUGUCGACCGGCGACGAAAUCGUACCUGCCGGUGCCGAGGCAGGUGCGGCGCAGGUUCAUGAUGCCAACCGGCCCAUGCUGCUGGCGCUUGCCGGCCAGGCCGCGACGACGGUCACCGACCUUGGUCAUGUCGGCGACGAUGCCGACGCGCUGCGCGAGACGCUGGCGACAGCGGCCGCAGAUCAUGACCUGAUCAUCACGUCCGGCGGCGCCUCGCUUGGCGACGAGGACCAUAUGCUCGCAGUGCUCGAUGAACUUGGAAAACGCCAUCUGUGGCAGAUCGCCAUCAAGCCGGGCCGGCCGAUGAUGUUCGGCCAGAUCGGCGAUACGGUCGUCCUCGGCCUUCCGGGCAAUCCGGUCGCCGUGCUCGUCUGCUUUCUGCUUUAUGCGCGCGCGGUGAUCGGCCAUCUGGCCGGCGCAUCGGUGACGCCGCCGGUCGCCUAUACGCUGCCUGCCGCCUUUGCCAUUGACCGGAAGAAGACGGGCCGCCGCGAAUUUCUUCGCGGCUGGACCGAAGCCGACCCGGAAACCGGCGUGCUGAACGCACACAAGUUCCCGCGUGACGGCUCCGGACUGGUCUCCGGCCUGCAGGCGGCGUACGGGCUGAUCGACCUGCCCGAACAUGUCGAUGCGGUUGCGCCGGGCGACCCGGUGCGCUUUAUCCCGUUUGCGGAGAUGGGGCUGAUGCCCGGCUGGCGGCCGCUGCCGGCCGACCGCUUCGGCGGCUAUGCGCCGCUCUCGGUCGCGCUUCAUUGGCUCAGCGUCCUGUUUGCCGCCGCACUCCUGCUCACGGCAUGGCUCGACCGACCCGAACUGCACGGUUUGGCGGGCCUUGUGGCGGCACCCUUCCUGCUGGUCCAUACGCUGCGACGCCUCAAACGGGGUUUUCCCCGCGCGCCGGACGAGCCGGCCAUCCUGUCCUUUGCUGCGCGUCUGGCGAUCAUCGCGAUGCUGCUGGCCAUGCUCGUCAUCGUCCUGUCGGGGCUCUCGAUCGUCUUGUCGUCAGACCGCAUCUCCGGCCUCGCCGGCUCCGACAUCGUCCUGCCAUGGGCGCCCGGACCGGCACUGACGGCGGCGGCCCAUGCGUGGCACGGAGCUGCCGCGCAGCUGUUCCUUGCCGCCGCAGGCCUGCAUCUUCUGGCAGCGCUCAGCUAUGGCGCCCGCCGCAUGCAUGCGGUGACGAGCCGCAUCGUGCGCCCGGUCCCGGGCGGGCGCUGA